AUGUUACAAGAAAGAGAUUUAGCAAGAGAACCAUGCCCUGAUAGAAUAAUAGAAGAUAUGGGUGGGGCAUUUGGUAUGGGUUGUGUAGGGGGUUAUAUAUGGCAUUUUUUAAAAGGUGCAAGAAAUAGUCCAAAAGGAGAUAUAUUAAGUGGAGCUUUAUAUAGUAGUCGUAUGAGGGCACCAAUUUUAGGUGGGAACUUUGCUGUUUGGGGAGGUACAUUUAGUUGUUUUGAUUGUGCUUUCCAAUAUGUAAGAAAAAAAGAAGAUCACUGGAAUGCCAUUGGUAGUGGUUUUUGUACAGGUGGAGUUUUAGCUAUGAGAGGAGGAUGGAGAUCUGCUUCAAGAAAUGCUAUUGUUGGAGGAGUCUUGCUAGCCAUUAUAGAAGUAGUCUCUAUUGUACUAACACGUAAGACUACCCCAACACCCAGACAACAAUUUCAACAACAAAUGGAGAUGGAAAAAAGAAUGGCUUCAAAAAAUAAUAAAUAA